AGGAGAGCCACACGGAAGAUUUUCUCUUUGUGCUUAAAAUAAGUGUAGACGCUGCUGCUGGUUUGUCGGUUAUCCUAUACCUUUAUUUUUAUACGCUGAAUUCUAAUAGCCUAAAUAGCCAAUUCUAGAACCUAUUCUUUUAAGGUCAUUUGGUGAUUUGGAAACCACAAAGUGAACCUAAUGCCAUGCUCUUUUUGCAAGAAGGGAACAAUAGCAGUAAUAUACUUGAAUUUUCUAGCUACUCCUUAUGAGAAUCACUGCUGCUUCAGCAACCACCAACAAUACUAAACAACGCGUCUGAAAUUCGCACUACCAACAGAACUUCCAGGAUUUUCCUCAGCGGACCGACAAUGGCUGCGGUUACCAGCCCAGAGACGAGCCCUCAACCCCGGGUAUAUUUCCAGACGGUAGCCACCGGUUCAACCGAAGAACCGGAGACCCCUGUUCGGAAGCAAGGGCGAGUAACCGUCAAAUAUGACCGAAAAGAACUAAGAAAGAGACUAAAUCUGGAGGAAUGGAUAAUCGACCAGCUAACGGAUCUUUACAACUGUGAGGAGGAGGCGAUACCAGAGCUGGAGAUAGAUGUGGAUGAGCUGCUGGAUAUGCCCAGUGAUGAUGACAGAGGAGCCAGAGUUAAAGAUCUACUGGUAGACUGUUACAAACCUACUGAGGACUUUGUGUCUGAUCUGCUGGAUAAGAUACGUGGCAUGCAGAAACUCACCACCCCCCAGAAGAAAUAACCUCAACCCUGUCUCACCCCCUUCUCUCUCCUCCCUCCCCCCAACCUCACCCCACAGAAGAAAUAGGAGCUUGGCUUCCUCAGAGAUGGAGGAAGAGGGAGGAGGAAGGAGGAGGAAGGGAGGAGAGAAGGGGCAGAGGAGUAAGAGAGGUGAUUGAAGCAGCCAAUCAGAUCUAAGCAGGGCUUAUGACGUCAUAUCCUGUGGUUUUAUUUUAAUAUUUUAUUUAGUUUACAUUUUAUUUUGAUUGAAUUUUUUUUAAGGGGUUUGAAUUGUUGUUAAAUGAUCAUACGAUCGGUCAUAUUUCUCAUGUUAAGGUGAUGCCAGCGAACAUAGCAUACGAUAAUGUAGCUGUAAGCCAAGCCCAGGAUAUAUUCUAAUGUUUAGUAGUGGUGAGUUUUAGGAUGAGUUCCAAAUGGCACGUUAUUAUCUUUUUUAUAGUCCACUACAUUUCACCAGGGCUCUGGCCAAAAAGUAGUGGACUAGGUUAUAGGGUGCCAUUUGGGAUUUAGAGAUUUAAGGAUGGGACCGGCUCCUGUGUAUAAUACAGUGUGUACGUAGCUGUGUGUUUGUCGCGUGUGUGUGUGUGUGUGUGUGUGUGUGUGUAGUCUCGACCCACAGUGAAAACACACACACACACACACACACCAGGGGACUUGACAAAGUGACCUUGUUUCUGUCUAGUUCUAUUUCCCUCUUUAUCACUUUUUAGUUUAUUUGUUCUGUAAAAUAUUUAAUGCUCCAUAGUGUGCAGUGAAGGGCUUUUUCAGUGAGGACUCUUGUAGAGGGUUUUCAGUAGAUCAGUAAACCAAUGAGGGAGAGGGGGGGAGGGGCACUGUGUAGUGGAAAAUGUGUCUGGAUGUGUUCAUCGAAAUAGCCACACACACACACACACACACACACACACACACACACACCAC